CUGCUGCUGCUCCUGCCGCUCCCGGGGCUGCUCGCGGGCUCCUGGGACCCGGCCGGCUACCUGCUCUACUGCCCAUGCAUGGGGCGCUUCGGGAACCAGGCUGAUCACUUCUUGGGCUCCCUGGCAUUUGCAAAGCUAUUGAACCGCACCCUGGCUGUACCCCCUUGGAUUGAGUACCAACAUCACAAGCCUCCAUUUACCAAUAUCCAUGUGUCCUUCGAGAAGUACUUCAAGCUGGCGCCCCUCAAGGCUUACCAUCGGGUCAUCAGCCUGGAGGAGUUCAUGGAGAAGCUGGCCCCCACCCACUGGCCCCCUGAGAAGCGGGUAGCAUACUGCUUUGAAGUGGCGGCCCAGAGAAGCCCUGAUAAGAAGACAUGCCCGAUGAAGGAAGGAAACCCCUUUGGCCCAUUUUGGGAUCAUUUUCAUGUGAGUUUCAACAAGUCGGAGCUUUUCUCGGGCAUUUCCUACAGUGCCUCCUACAAAGACCAGUGGAUCCAGAGAUUUUCUCCAGAGGAACAUCCAGUGCUGGCCCUGCCAGGGGCCCCAGCCCAGUUCCCCGUCCGGGAAGAGCAUAGGCCACUGCAGAAGUACAUGGUAUGGUCAGACGAGAUGGUGAAGACAGGAGAGGCCCUGAUCCACACCCACCUCAUCCAGCCCUAUGUCGCUAUUCACCUACGCAUUGGCUCCGACUGGAAGAAUGCCUGUGCCAUGCUGAAGGAUGGGACUGCGGACUCCCACUUCAUGGCCUCUCUGCAAUAUGUGGGCUAUAGCCGCAACUCAGCGACCCCUCUCACCAUGACUAUGUGCCUCCCAGACCUGAAGGAAAUCAAGCGGGCCGUGGAGCUCUGGGUGUGGGCUCAAAAUGCCAGGUCUGUCUACAUCGCCACAGAUUCUGAGAGUUAUGUGCCAGAGAUCCAGCAGCUCCUCAAAGGGAAGGUGAAGGUGGUGAGCCUGCAGCCUGAGGUGGCCCAGAUCGACCUGUACAUCCUUGGCCAAGCUGACCACUUUAUAGGCAACUGUGUCUCCUCCUUCUCCGCGUUCGUGAAACGGGAACGAGACCUCAUGGGGAGGACAUCCUCUUUCUUUGGCAUGGACUGGCCCCCACAGUUGCGGGACGAGUUCUGAUCUAGGCUGGAGCACGUCACCAGCCUAGCUGGUCCCUCCAGCCAGGCCUGGCACCCAGAGCUGCUCCCAGGAUUGAUCCCCAAAGGAGCAGGCCAAAAAGAGAAGCAGCUGCCAAGGACAGAGAAAAGUACCAGGGACUUCCUGGGGCAGAAGAUGGUCCAUCUCCCAGGGUACAGGACUUCCCAAGUUCCUAGGAGCCAGACCAUCUUCCCUGCUCCUGUGCUUCUGUGAGUUUCUCACACCAGCAAAACAGUCCAACCACUGUCUUUUGGUCUACUCUGCUCUUAUUAGGGGCAGAAAUAGAAUAUUGGGGACCAACUAUAAUUAUAAGAAAUACUAGAGGCCAGUGCACGAAUCCCUCA